CUUUCAAGAUUUCAAGAUGUCGAGUGGCAAAGAUUUUCUGAUGCGACUGUUUACAUGAAACAUUGGUACGCACUAGCUCUGAUCUCCGCUAAUAUUAUCAGCUUCUUUGAUUCAAACUAUCUCUGUAUUGUGUUGGAUCAGCGGUUUGGUGUAAACUAAUUCCUCGUCAAAUUCAAGAAUGGGUCAGACCCUCUCAGAGCCAGUCACUACUAAAGAGACUUCCUCUUGUUCAAACAAGUUGUACAAAGUUGGUUCUUCUUGCAUGCAGGGAUGGAGAAUAAACAUGGAGGAUUCCCAUACAGAGAUUUUAUCUCUUAAAGAGGACAAAGGCACUGCUUUUUUUGGAGUUUAUGAUGGACAUGGAGGUGCACGGGUUGCAGAGUAUUGUGGUAAAAGCAUUCACACAAAAAUCACCUCUCAUCCUGCCUGGGCCAAGGGAAACAUAGGUGAAGCAAUAAAGGGAGGUUUCUUGGCGUGUGACAUUGAUAUGCAGAAAGAUGAUCAAAUGAAGGACGAAAUGGCUGGAACAACUGCCAUAGUCAUAAUCCUCAAAAAUAACAAGAUUUAUUGCGGAAAUGUUGGGGACUCCAGAGCCAUUGCAUCAAAGAGGGGAGCAGUGGAACAACUUUCCUUUGAUCAUAAACCAAGCAAUGAUGAUGAAACAAGAAGAAUCAUAGCAGCUGGUGGCUGGGUGGAAUUCAACAGAGUUAAUGGCAACUUAGCCCUUUCAAGAGCACUUGGAGAUUUCUGCUUCAAAAGGAAUGACAAAAAGUCAGCAGAGGAGCAGAUUGUAACAGCUCUGCCCGAUGUGAUACAGAAAGAAAUUACACCAGAUCAUGAAUUCAUUGUCUUAGCUUGUGAUGGUAUCUGGGAUGUUCUGUCUAAUCAAGAAGUAAUCGAUUUUGUAAGAAUUAGGAUAGCUCAAAAAAUGGAACCUGAACAGAUUUGCGAAGAGCUUCUAACGAGAUGCCUUGCCCCGGACUGUCAGAUGGGAGGAUUAGGCUGCGACAACAUGACAGUGAUUAUCGUUUGUUUAUUACAAGGAGGAACAUACGAAGACCUCUGCCAAAAAUGUUCAAGACCGAGUGACUCUAGUUCUGCUUACAAUGGCAACUCGGCACCGUUUUACUCUUGACAUUAAUAUCAGCCUGGUUUCACCAUUUCCGUUGGCGACACGAGCAAGUCUGCGGUGGAGGAUCAAGGGAUGAUGUAUAGAAGUUACAAAUGCGUUGACGAGGUUAAGAUUAAAACUGUGACAAGUAUUAGAGUUGGACUGCGCCAAAGCACAAACGGAAAGAGCGAAAUGUCAAACGAGUUGUGUGCUCUUCUGAGAAUGCAGCAGAGUGAAUGUGCAAUGAUGGAGUUUAAACCCUUGCAUGUUUUUUUUUGUUCUUCCUUUUUCUUUUUUUUCUAAUUCUAUUUUUAAGGGGGCCAAUUUGCCAAAGUGAAUAAUGGCUUAUCGUAGAAAACUUGACCCUUAUUGAAGGUCUGUUGGUUGUGGAUUCGGUUGUGUUGUAAGUCUGACUGUUGAUCAAGUGGCGUAAAAGAGCCAAUCGUAUUUUGAAGAAAUGGAAUCACCAGCAUUUUUUGUUCCAGUGGACAACACAAAGUCGCGUUCACCUUGUAACUAACUAAAGGGUUCACACAAUGAAGGAUCGCGUGUCAGCGAACAGACACUUUUUUCCUGAAGCAAUGCGAACAUUCCCUGGAUAAUCGACGGCCUGAGUGUCAAACUGCACAUGCAAAGUUGACCGCUGAAAAUCGAGCAUUAACGUAUCUGCGCUGGUAUUUAAUUAACGUGCGGUGAUGAGCGAGACAGGGUCAUCCGAGUUCAUCCCAGUAGUAUUUAGGUGAUAGUUCUUUGGUUCGAAUAGGGAAGAAAUAUUUGAAGAGUUGAAAUAUUUUUGUGUUGAAUUUCUCGGGUGCCACAGGUUAAAAAUUCGUGGCAUUAUUCAAUAGAUUCAAGAUCUGAGUCUUGUUCAGGAAAUAUUUGCGAAACGUUGACUUACUGGCGUCGUAGUUAUCUCGGAGAACUUUCGUUACCCCGUUGAACUACAGAUUGAUAUGUCUAUGCAUCCAAUAGAGCUCGGAAUAAAAGUCGGAGCGCUUCGUGGCGCUAUCGAGUCUUGACGCGAAGCACUGGGCCGGAAUAGUAUUACAGAUAACGCGUCGUGUCGUGAAUUACGACUAACAUUCAUUAGUGAUUUAAGGAUGUGAUUUUUAUAUGCGCGCUAUUUUGACUGGACUUGGUUUUCAGUAGCGGUUAUUUAAAUGAUAGGACUGGGGUGUUGACAAACUUCGCUUUUUUAAACGGAAAAGUAGUUGUUUUUUUUGUUUUAGUGUGGCAGUUGAAAGUUUUUGUAAAGUAUUGAAGUUCUCUUUCACGGUAUUUGAGGUGUGGCAAAACAUUUCUAAUUGAGCAAGUUUUGCGUGACCUCGAGUCGGUGAGUGCGUGAUAGACUAUUGCAAAUUUGUUGGACUUGUAUGGUGAUGCAAGCUGGAUGUAAAUAAGUGUUAAAUCAGUUUUACUACAGAAACAUUUUUUAUGAUUCUUGUAUGUUUAUUCCAGGCUAAGACUCAACUACCAAUCAG